UCCUACAGAAUCGAUAGAUGGCGUGCUUUAUUGUUGACUUGGAUUAAAAUGGCGACCUAUAAUGAGCGCACGGGGGCAAUACCGUUAAAUUCCCCGCGAUAAAUGAGCCUGUGCGAAUUCAUCUCACCGCGGUGUAUGUGCAGAAACGCCGGGUGGUUUGAGGUGUACCCGGCAUGUUCAGAUUUUCGCGGACGCUCGAAUCAUGUGAGCGGAGCAACGGUGCCACCCGAUCGUGUGUCGUGCGUUGGCCAGGUAUCUGUGGCCAUAUUUAUUGUGUUAUUCUUAAAGACAUCGUAUCUCUUCGUACACCGGCGAACAUAAUCGAAUACCUAUACACACGGCUCUACGAUAUCGAAGAAAACAAUCGUCGUUGUCCAAACGUUUAUAGAAUACGCGAAGAACGCGACGAUCCAUUCCUUGUUGAUCAGUACCGACUAGCAGUGAGCUAUUGGUAUACUGUAUUCAAGGAUACUGUUGUUUGGAUAGGACAAAACGAAAAGACGCUGUUUCGAUGGAUGCUCGUCGAUCCCAAGGAGAGCGCGCGUGCUUGUUUUUGUUUUGCGGACAAAUAGCUAUUAACACUCGACGAUCGUAAGCAACACAAGUCGUACUGUGCCUGCAGAAACACGCUGGCUUAUUGCUCGAUUCGACGAUCUCGGAUACCGUCUACGGCAUUCUGAUGGAUCACUCGUGAUUACGAAGAAGAUAGAAUGGAGAACUUUCUGCCCUACCUUAGAAUCCUUAACACUUUAACAAAGCUCUUAUGAUCAGUUCAUAUGUAUAUGAAGAAGUGUAUAGAAUGGUUUCCUAUGUGCAAUUAUAAAGAGGAAUGUAUAAAAGUUUUCAUUGAAAAUUAUGUUAUGAUUGAUUUAAAACGUAUCACCAACAUUUCUAAACGCAAGAAAGCCUGCCAUAAGUGGACUAGGCAGGCUAGGCACCCUUGUGCCAAACUUGGGUAAUGGAUCCUGUUGGUCCAUGGUAUGCAUCGUAUAACCGCCUUGCUUCAGGAAGUACUGCUAAUACAUUUCAAGGAACAAAUUCAACCACCAACAGUGAUUUUGUAUCGCAUCAUUUGUCAACAGCUGCCACACAAGCGGUACCAUCAACAACAUCGCAAUUACUUUUACAAGCAGCACAUACAACAGCAACUCUGGCGGGACAACCAUCUCCCUUCAACCCAGGGGGGUUUUUGUCUCCACCCCCUGUGGGUUAUGAUGUUUUUUCUCCUUUGUUUCACCAUCCCAAUUCAAAACAAUCGCCUUAUGUAUCGCAACAUCGACAAGUCCUUGCUCAAGCACAAGCUGUGACAGUGACUAAACAAAAUACAACAACCGAAUCUGAAAUAUCUCCAUUGAGAGAAAACUACAAUUCAACUCAUCAAACUUUCUUUGAACAUCAGGGUUCAUCAUCUUCACCCACUGCAUCAUCUCUCGCUUGGACCCAACAAAACAAUGCCCAGCUUCCAAGUCCUUUUGGUAUAUUACCACAUGAAAGUGUUGUAGCAUCUUCUCCUGGACCACCUUCCACAAAAACUAACACUGCUGCCUAUGAAAAUACAUUUAAUGCUCAUUUUAGUGCAACUCCAACAAUAAAUAAUAUAAAUUCUCAAUUAUCUACUCCUGUUUCAACAGCAGACUUUAAAUCAUCUACUUAUCCAGAUGCAAAAAAGACAGUAAAUGUUAGACCUCAAUCUCCAAAUGUUAACGUAAAGUUAGUAGUCUCCACGACUCAAGGAGGUAAUAGCCAAACAUUUUUCCAACAAGUUCCAACUACUUUUAGUUCUGAAACAUUGACAAACAGUUACACAGCUGGUAAUGGGACCCAAACUUCAAAUGGUAAGGUACAAGCAUCUCUUCAACAUCAACAAUCAUGCAUUGUGUCCACGCCAAGUAAUACUCCUAGUAAAGAAUACAGAAUUCCACAACCAUCUGCAAGAUCUGUUGCAUCAACAACCAUAUUUUUAAACACAUCUGUUAGGUCGGUAUCAUCGCAAGCUCAAGAUAAACAACCAACACAAAAUAGUGGUUUUCCUUCCCCACCUAACAAAGCUACAUCUACAUCUCAGCAGAGUAUACAAACAAAAGCACAAACUAAAAUUUAUCCUGAAUUAAGCAAUCAUGGUGAACAUAGAAGGAAUGAACAAGCAGGACAUGAUAGUAAUCAGUCAUCGCCUAUUAGUUUUUCUAUCAUGGAUACACGUGGUAUGAAUUAUGGAACUAAUAAUACAACAAAUUGUAAUAAUAAUAGUGGUAAACUUGCAAGUAACCAAAGGACACCACCAAAUAAUAAUUUACAGUCACAUCCACAGCAACAGCAGCAACAGUUUCAUGUUUUGAAUCAACAACCACAACAGCAACAACCAACAACACCUUAUAGACAUUAUAUAACAAAUUCAGCAAAUGAUACUGAAUAUCACCAUUCUAAUAGAUCAAAAUCAACAGCAUCAACAGAUUCUGCUUAUUCUUCCAAUAAUUCGACUCAAAAUGGUCCUGAUUGCGGAGUUGUUGUACCACGAAGACCAAGUCCCUUACAAGCACAUUCACAAGCUAGUCCACUAGGACAUGUACCAAGUCCUGCAUAUCCAAUGUAUAAUAGCCCAAUGGCAACAAUAUCUUCUCCUUCGCCAUUGCAACAACAUACAGAAAAUAAUGGAAAUCAAUGUGCUAGUGGACAGCAGUAUAAAGCAACAGUACAGCAGCAAGUUACACCACCUUCACCACUUGAUGUUACUGUUCCUCGACCUGCAUCACAAGGUCAAGUUGCAUAUUCUUCAGUGAUAACUAGGGCAUUAGGUACUACAGAAAAUAACAAACCAACUUACAAUACAGAAACUAAAAGUUAUGAUAGACAACAACAAGAUUUCUCUCAAACACAAAAACAACAAAUAUGUUGGGAAAAUGAUAAUAGACAAACAAAUACAAAUAGAAAAUUUUCUGUGGCAGUGUAUACAACUGGUAACACAGAAAUAAAUACUCAAACAUUACCUAUUCAACAACAGGUACAAAGAGUAUUAAAUGUUUCUGAGAGGCAGCAACCCUAUUUUGAUUCUAAUCAAGUUACUUUACAAGAUUUAAGUAGCUGUAGAGGAGAUCCAAUGAGUAUUGUAAAAAAUUUACAAACAUUACAACAAAGUUCCUGUCAAGUACAACAGCAGCACACAGGCCCUACUGCUCUAAAUGAUCAGCAGAAGCAAGUAGAAGAAAGGCGCAAAGCAGAUUCUGUUAACAAAAAAAGGAAAAGUUCAGAAAAGGGAGGUCAUGGAUCCACUCUAAAUGAACUUGCAGGAACAGCAACAAUGACGGAAUAUUUAAGUAGAAUACCACCUCCUGCACAUCAUAAUACAAAUCAACAACAACAAAAUGGUUAUUUCGACUUUGAAAGGUGGAAUUUGCCUCCACCUCCCUCAAAAAUGUUUACAAGUGCACCUGCUGCAUUUAGUUCUCAAUCAACACUGCAUCAUUCAAGUAAUUUUGUAGGAAAUCCAGCACAUCAACAUCAAUCUAUAAUGGUGCCACAUCAUCAUGCACCACCUCCUAUUCCUUAUUUUCCAGCUUUUCAUAUACCUCCAGGACAUCAUCCACAUCAUACUCAUGAAUUUCAAUCUUCUGUUGAAAUAACUCCAAUUAGUUUUGGGGAGAAUGCAGUAAAUCAAAAUUCUAAUUAUAAUCAAGAAAUACGAGAUGAUCAACCUAAAGUGAUUGUUCCUAAUAUAGAAGAAGAAUUAGGCUUUCUUCAGCAAAAUCAACAGCCAGUGCAAACUAUGAAUCAAAUGAACAAAGAUCUUAAACGACCUGGUAGGGAUCCAAAUUCAGGAUUCAUGACGAGCUAUUUGAAGUUUUUACAAGGUGAAAGAGAUCCUUCACCGCCACCUGCAAUACGAGGUGGUAGAAAAGCAACAUGGAGUAGGUCGAAACCAUAUAUUCCAAUAGAGCCUUGUAAACCUUCAGAAACUUCCACAAAUGGAGAAACAGUAAAAACACAGACUGAAAAACCAAAUCCUCCAAAAGAAACACCAGCAAUUGAUUAUGCUAAUGAUCCUAGAUAUUUUCCAUUACCUAAAGAAAGAAAAAAACCAAACUUUGAUUCAAGUGAUGAUGGAUUCACUAGUGAUGAUGAUUUUCUAUUUCCACCUAAAAAAGCGGAAAGAAAAACAUCUACUAAUACUACUAAUACAAUGGAUACUACAACUAUAAAACCAGAAGGUAAAUCUAGGAAAGGAAGACCUAUUAAACCUGGAGGACCAACAGAUAGAAAGCGAAAAGCUGCAGCUGCUGCAGCAGCAGAGGCAGCUACUCAUACAUCAAGUGGAAAAGUAUCAAAGAAACUUGAAGAAGUGGAUCCUUUACUUUUACCCCCAAGAAGAGAAACGUCUAGGAGAAAAGCUAAGGAAAAAACAUCAGUAAAACAAUUUUUAGAUAGACAACAGGGUAUAGAUUAUUUUGAUAAUGACGAAGAACAAGGUGAUUCUGAUUCUGAUCCUGCUUGGACUCCUGCAGUAAAAUUAGUUGGAGAUGAAGAAGACAAAAGAAAGAAACGUGGACGACCUCUAAUUACAAAGAAAAAUAAAAGGACCUUAGAAGAAGAUGGUUAUUCAUCUGGUGAAGUUAUUGUUUCAAAAAAAUCAGUCAGAAAAAGGCAUGAAGUAUAUACAAAAAAUUCUAGCAAUUCUGCAAAGAUUUCGACUAAAAUAGAUGAGAAAUUAAUUACUUCUGCCAGUGAUGAGGACAUUGAUAUAUCUCCAUUUAAGCAUUCCAUCAACAAUUUUGAAGAUGUGUCUGGUGAAUUUGUUGUGAUCAAGACAGAUCUAGAUGAAAAGUAUCCAGCUCUGUGGAGAAUAGAUGGGAAAACAUUAUUGCAAAAAUAUGAGCCAUUUAAGUCCAAUGGCAAAACGUUAUAUAGAAACAUAUCAACGUAUUCUGGUUGGGCUCCACAAAAUCGUCAUAUUUAUCAACAAGUGCCAGUUAAGUUUUGGCAACAAGGCAAAUUAGAAACUAUUGUAGAAUUUUUAAGGGAUGAAAUGAUCAUUGAUGACAGUGAAUGCAUAAAUAAAUUCAUGAAGGAUACUGAAAAAUAUCAAGAUAAUUUUGAAGUGUAUAUACAAACACUGAUCUCACAAGCUUUGGAUUCAAAUUUCCUAACAGAGAUAUUCCAAGAGCAAGAUGAUUAUUUCUUAUCCAAUGUUAAGACUGUCGAUGAAGUAACAGAUGAGAGAAAACAACGUCUUCUUUCUACCACUAAAUGGCGAUCUAAUUUUAUAACUGCAAUCUCUACAUGGCCAUGUCUUAAUGUAUUGAAAGAUUUGCCAUCUUCUGAAUAUAAAAACAAAUUAUGUGCUGGUUGUCAGCAAAUCAAAAUUUAUGCUAGAGUUUUACUUUAUGGUCAGCCAUACAACAGUACCACAUUGGAAGGCUCACCUCCUGGUCCAAAAGUACCACAAGAAAAGGAUUUUUUGCUAUGUCGAAUUUGCCAAACUAAGGUAGCUCUAUAUAAUAAAGUAGCUCAUCAAAAAUAUCUCAUGUUUUUGGAAUGUGCAAGAAGAGUAGCAGAUAAAAGAUCAACUGAUCCUAAUAAAGAUACAACAAUAAUAUUAAAUGAGUUAUUAGCGGACGAAACUUGGUUGAAUCAAUUAUUUAAAGAAGUUAGAUGUAUUUGGGCAGAGAUUGAUAACAUGGAACAACAAAUUAAACAAAAGUCAAAUCCAACGGAAACAUUAUCGUCGUCGUCGUCGUCGUCUUCGUCUUCGUCGUCGUCGUCGUCAUCGUCUUCAGUAAAUCAUGCAGAAGAAAUGAAAAUUCAUAAUUCAUCUGUGCGUGCAACUGAAGGACCGAGUAAUACUUCAGAUUCACAGGUGCCUAUACAGAACACUGAAAGCAAUUUGCAAACAGUGUCUUGUAAUAUGCAAAUAAACAGUGUAUCGUCUUAGUGGUGCUACACAGUAUGGUUCUAUUUGUUAUUUAACGUCAUAAUAUUUGUGUGAGUAUAGUGGCAUACAUAAUUGUUGAAUAUAUGCAUACUUGUCUCUCACAUUGAAGAAUUAUAUAAUAGACUUGAAGAACAGUGGAUAACUGUUAAACUGGAUAAUAUGAUGAACUAUAAAGUUAACAAGAGUGUAAUAAGGAACUGUAAUUAUAAAAAUGAGGUAUUAAGAGUAUUGAGGUAAGUGAAAAUUUAAACACUUUAAAUGUGUAUUAUAUACAUUUUUGGUAUAGCAAUCAGAGCCCAAACUUUGCCAUUAUAGUGAUAUAAAAAUAGUGGAAUAUUGACACACAUGUGAAUAUAGUUACACAUAGCUAUUUGUAUCGUGAUAAUCUCAUGUAAGGUGAAAAUCUAACGUGAUAAAUCGAAAAAUAUAAGAAGACAGAACUUUGGUAACAUGAUGUGAAAAGUGUUAAAAAUUUUCUGUAACAUAUUUGCAUCACAUAACAGCGCCUUGAAGUCUGUUGUUUAUGAAAAGCAAAAGCUGUUAAGAUAUUUGUUCCUGUAUGUAUAACUCUUAAAGUUAAUAUGUAUUUUCUUUUUUACUUUUGCAAAAUAGUUGCUAUUUGUAAAAUUGGCAAGUCAAAUAAUAUUUAUGUAAUAUUUAUGUUGUAUAUAUAUAUUUACUAAGUGCAAACAUACAUAUAACAAGAUUUUUUAAACGUAUCAAAUACGUUUGAAAUAUCCUAAAGUGUUCCAAAACCAAUCAUUUAAAAAUAUCUCUAUAGCAUGAUCACUGAAUAGAUAAUUGAACAGAAUACCUUCAAAAAAAAAAAAAGAAAUUACCAACUGAUAUAACUUUGAAGUUACUAAAUAUUUUGAAAAUGAACUUUUGUUUUUGCUAUAUGCAUAUAUUUUUGCAUUAUAUAUUUAAGUCUGAUUUUGAUUGCAGUUAUUAUUUCCAGUGCAACAUUUAGAUAUACAAUUCUUCCACAUUAUAUAUACAAGCAAUUAUUUUAUCAUGUUUAAAAAAAAUUAUUUAUAAUUUUUGGUUCAAUAAUUUUCAGUUUGCAAAUAUCAUUACAUAUAUAUAUAUAUAUACUCUUAGCUAUAUGAAUAUUUGCGUAUAAUGGUCAUAAUAAUAGCAAUAUUCAGGUUCCAGAGGCCUUUUUGUAUAUCAUAACAUAUAAAUAAUAACAUUUUGUUUUCAUUAAAUAGUUAAUGCUUGUACAGUACUGUUACUAAGUCUUGUCCUCUUGAAUUAAAUGGUUUCUUUUUUUAUAUCAUAUUUCAAUGAAAGUAAAAUAAUUAAGAAAAAUUAUAUACUGCAUAUAUAAAGAAAUGAAAGAAAAAGUAUUAAUAAUAGUAAGUUGGGCUAUGAAGUUGAACAAUUAUCGAACAAUCAUUCUCUUUCUGUUUUUUUUCUAUCAUUUUUAUAUAAGUUAAAAUAUAUUUUUGUUGCAUUUAAAAAAUUCCUUUAUUGACCUUAUUUAAUCUAAAACGCAUACAUAUGUAUACAAAUGUGUUUUACUUUGUAUCUAAAAUAUCUGUAUAUCAUAUUUUUAAGGGCAAAAUUGGUGAACAGUAAUGUACUGCUAAUUUUUCGUUUAAAAGAAUUUGUUUUUAUAUUUGAUCUAGAGCAAAUAUAAUAAGAGAAAUGUAGAUCAAUUACAAUAAGAGAAAAUAAAUUAUGAUGCAUUGUUCUAUGUUCUCAGAAUGUAUAAAAUAACAGAAUUAUGUAUUUUAGAUUUUGGCCUCAAUGUGUAUCAUAAAUUUUAUGAAGUUCCAACUUUUGUAAUACAUUGUAAAUAUUGAGAAUUCUAGAUAUAUCGAAGGCUUCUUUUUAUCAUUAUAAUAUACUUUACUAAGAAAAAGUAUUCUGUAAUGAAAUUUAAUAGAAUUUUGUUACUUUACAAUGAUUUAUAUAAAAAAGGCAACAUUUUAUAUAUGAUUAACAUUACAAAUACUUUCCAAUAGAUAAUAGAUACCUAGUUAUAGAGCCAAUAACAGUUUACUGUACAUUAAAUACCAUUAUUAGAUUUAAAUUAUAUGUUAUUAUUAUUAGUAUUAUUAUAAUUAUGAUUAUUACUUUCUUCAUUGUCAUUAUCAUCAUUAUCAUCAUUUUAUUAUUAUCAUUAUUCUCAUCGCGAUAGUCUUUAUUUAAGGCUUGUAUCGUUUAAGUUUUUAGCCUAUCUCCAGAUUUAUUAGGAACAAAAAAUAUUCUCUAAAGAAAAAAGAGUGGUGAUAUGCGUGCGUGGCGCGAAUGUAUUUUUCGAAAAUGUAUCAAAUAUAUUUGUAAAUUGUAAAAAUAUUCUAGCAAAGUGUGUAAAGUGGCUAAGUAAUGCCUAUCAGGCUUUAGACACCUUUCAUAUGUUAUACCAAGACAAAAUUAUUGUAUUAGUAAUAGUCGUGAGGUGCAUUGAAAUGUAUUAUAAAUUAUUGGAGGAUUUAUUAUAUUAAAAUCUAAAAUGCGGGCAUUUGGACACAAACACAAACAAUAAAAAGAGUAUGCAACAUGAAAGAGAUCUUCUUUCUAACAAAUGUGCCAUGCAAUAAUUCAUAUCGCAAAAAAGCAGGUGCUGUAUAUAACAAUUGAAUGGAUGAAUCGAUUUUUUUAAUAAAUACAAAAAUGUAACGUGCAAACAAACGUUUCUCAAAAAAUUGCAAUGAGAAAUCUUAAUUGUAUAAAUAUUGUAAUGUCAUAUAUAGUACCUGCCCUAUGAUUAGAUCUUUCAACAUUGCAUACGAUAUAAAACUAUUAAUAUUAUUGUUAUAUUAUACUUCUUUUUAAAAAGCGAUGGGUACAACCUUGUUUAUUAGACACUGUAAAUUUUUUUAUAGGUUUCAUCAUACAGUUUAAUUAUGAGAAGUUUUGAACACUGAAGUUGCAGUAUUUUCUGUUAUCUUGAUCGAAAAAGAAAUAUGAUCAAAGUAUAUAAAUAUUAUAGUAGAAUAUUACUCGCAUAAUUUAUGUUUUUAUUAAUCAUUUUUAAAUAAAAGACAUACAGUUUA